AUGGCACCAAACACCAAAGUUAUUCUGAUCCGCCAUGGGCAAGCCACUCACAAUCUGGAAGAUGACUUCCAACAACCAGAUCCACGCUUGACUGAGCUUGGAAAGGAACAAUGUGUUAAGGGUCUCCGUGACGCUUUCGCCGCUGGUGAAUGGGAAGACUUCCAAGAUCUCGAACUUAUUGUCGUCUCUCCACUCUUCCGAACUUUGGAGACUGCGUUCCUUGCCUUUGGUAAGGAAUUUCGUGAUAAGAAGGUUCCAUUUGUUGUUCUCCCAGAGUUCCAAGAGACGUCUCCCAACCCUUGCGAUACCGGCAGCUCGGUCGAGUCACUCAAAGCGGCGUUCCCGUCCUUGGACUUUCGCAACUGUGAGCGCCACGACUGGUUGACGAAGUCUCACGGAUUUUACACUCGUACUAACCUUGGUGUCCGCGCUACCUGCGCUCGAAAAUGGUUGUUCGAGCGUCCUGAGAAAGUCAUCGCGGUCGUUACUCACUCUGGAUUUCUCCGUUGGUUGACCCCACAAGAUUUUCCCUUCGUCGAGAAUCGUGACAAGUAUCGUAACUGCGAAUAUCGUGGUUACACCUUUGCCCAGACGACUUCUGAUGAUGGUGAAGGAAGCCCUUUCAAGUUGGUCGAGGAACACUGGUCCGUCGAACUUAGGAAGGCUAAACGAACUGGAGAGGUCGAAACUCCGGUCUUGACUGCUGACCCAUCUGAGACUGCUGCAGAGGCGAUCGCUCCUCCAAGCCAGGGUGGAGAUGGAGCUUUUGAUGAUCCUGAACAACCUACCAUUGUCUUUUGA